GUGGCCUACAGCUUCAUCGGCGAGGCCGCCAGCGCCGGCAUCGCGGAGUACACGGCCACGGGCGACUUCGCGGCCGUGGCCCGGGGCGCCGCGGCCCGCCGGCAGGCGCUGGUGGAGCGCGUGGCCGAGGAGCUCCGCUCCGGCAAGGCGGACGUGGCCUCCGUGAGGGUAUCUGGUGGACUCCGCGCUCGCGAGGGCCGCGCGUUGCGUCGAGGGGGGCGGGGGCGUGUACGCCGAGCUGUGGGCUUGCGACGAGGGCCGGGCGUCCGUCGACGUGGCCCCGCGGGCCCCGGAGGGCCAGGCCGUCGGCGGCGCGGCCGGCUCGGCGGAGGAGAGGAGCGCCCUCCGGGAGGCCCGCGCGGCCAAGGAUAUCCAGCGGCGCCUACGCAGCCCCGCGCCCGGGGGCCCGACGCUGCAGCGCUGCGGCCGCUCUUCGCGCGGGUGCUGCCGCACGUGUUCGCCCGGCCGACGUUCUUUGCCCUGCUGGACGUGUUCGAGGUGUUCCGCCGCCGCGGCGGGCGAGGCAGCAGCCAGGCCUACAGCGGCGAGGACCGGAGCCGCAUCGAGGCGUUCUUGGACACGAUCGACCGGACGCCCGUCAUGAAGCGGUGCCGCGCCGAAGCGGCGAACCUCAAGGGGCGCGCCCUCUCGGGCGGCGAGUGGCGUGCCGUCCUGUGGCGCAUCUGGUUCGAGCUGCCCAGCGAGGGCAGGUGUGGCUUCGAGCACGUGUUCGUGGGCGAGGCGUCCGUGGACGCCCGCGGUCGAGAGGUGGUGGGCGGCCUCCACAAUUGGUUCAAGUUCUACCUGGAGGAGCAGAGGGGCGCGGCGCAGUACCUGGGCCAGCGCUACCCCGGGCGCGGCAAGGCCGCCGCCGGCCUCAACCCGCGGUUCGUCAGCGGAUGCUUCACCUGGGACCUGGAGGGCAGGCACCUGGUCAAGGACGUGGGCGGCUUCUUCGUCGGCGUCUCCCCCGAGUGGCAGGUGGCGGUCGCCACCACGGCCUUCCUCGAGACCGCCGCGCCGGGCGUGGCGCUCCUGCGGAAGUGGAGCCGCGACCCGGCGUCCCGGGACGAGGGCUUCGUGCGGGUGGCGAAGUUCGGCACGCACGUGUACCGGCUCGCCGUGUACCGCGGAGAGGGCGAGCGGCUGACCACCUUCUACGCCACGCAGCUCGGGCGCUGGGACGCCCGGGCGCGCGCCGAGCUCGACGAGCAGCUCACCACCUCCGAGCUGCAGCAGAGGCUCCCCGCCGUCCUGGUCCUCCACGGCUUCGCGGACGAGCCCGAGCUCCUCGCCUGCGCCGCGAGCGUCGCUGCCUCGGGCGCCCUGACAUUGCGGGAGGCCUGGGGGCGGCGGGCCGAGGAGUCCAUCAACAAGCAUGCGAGGGUGUACAUCGAGCUGCGCGACCGCAUGACCACCAUCGAGAGCCAGUUGAUUGCUGGAUUUGGAGAAGCAAAAGAGAAGGCCCUGUUGGCAAACAUCCUUGAGGCGCAGAGCCCCGUCGAUUCGGCCAGCACCCGCAGGUCGCUUCCCAGCCUCGCUCGCCGGUCCAAGGGUAAGAGCUCCUCUUCGAGCAAUGGAAGAUUCACAGGAGGUUGCAUCUAUGAAAAUUGCGCAGACCCGUGCAAUGCCUGGAUAUGUGUUUUGAGGCCGCCGACGCUCGCUCGCGACAUGCUACGAAACAUGCAUACGCAGGUUCUCCCGCGCCUGCCCUCGCACAUCAAGCCACCCACGGAGGUGAACACUCACGAUCUCCACAAAGCCCUCAGCGUCUCGUUCGGGAACGCCACCGAUGCCAAGGCCUUUCUCGACUCCGUCAAGACCAACGGCCUCGCGUUCAAGACAGGCAUCUUAUUCUUCACGAAGAAUGGCGAGGUCACCAUCGUGCCCGCGCUGGUCGGGGAACUUGAUUCGCCUGCCACCAUCGCGCCCGACUCUGCGGCGUUCGAGAGCCUGCUGACUGGCGAGGAGCAGACAGCUGCGAUGGCCACGAGCGUCCUCGAGUAG